UUGGGUUCGAAGGUGUCCUGGGCGGGCUACCUUCCAAAAUGACCCAGUCGGUGGUCGUACAGGUCGGCCAGUGCGGAAACCAGAUCGGUUGUUGCUUCUGGGACCUGGCCCUGAGGGAGCACGCGGCGGUCAACCAGAAAGGAAUUUAUGAUGAGGCAAUAAGCAGCUUCUUUAGAAAUGUGGAUACCAGAGUGGUUGGUGGUGGUGGCAGCAUUUCCAAGGGGAAAAUACGUUCUUUGAAAGCACGAGCUGUCUUGAUUGACAUGGAAGAAGGGGUAGUGAAUGAAAUUCUUCAGGGACCAUUGAGAGAUGUAUUUGAUAGCAAGCAGCUCAUCACUGAUAUUUCUGGCUCAGGAAAUAACUGGGCUGUGGGGCACAAAGUUUUUGGCAGUCUUUACCAAGAACAGAUUUUAGAAAAACUCAGAAAGUCGGCAGAGCACUGUGAUUGUUUGCAGUGUUUCUUUAUAAUACACUCCAUGGGAGGAGGAACAGGAUCUGGACUUGGUACAUUUCUUUUAAAGGUGCUUGAAGAUGAAUUCCCAGAAGUAUACAGAUUUGUGACUUCAGUUUAUCCUUCUGGUGAGGAUGAUGUCAUAACUUCACCUUAUAAUAGCAUCUUGGCAAUGAAGGAACUUAAUGAGCAUGCAGACUGUGUGUUGCCCAUUGAUAAUCAAUCUUUAUUUGACAUCAUUAGCAAAAUUGACCUCAUGGUGAAUUCUGGAAAGUUGGGUAAAACUGUGAAGCCCAAGAGUCUGAUUACUUCAAGUGCUGGGACUUUUAAAAAGCAGCACAAGAGGCCCUUUGAUGCAAUGAACAACAUUGUGGCAAAUUUGAUGCUUAACCUAACAAGCUCUUCAAGGUUUGAAGGAUCCCUUAACAUGGACAUUAAUGAAAUCAGCAUGAAUUUAGUUCCUUUUCCACAACUUCAUUAUCUUGUGUCAAGCCUAACACCUCUAUAUACACUGGCAGACAUUAAUGUUCCUCCUCGGAGGUUGGAUCAGAUGUUUUCAGAUGCCUUUAGUAAAGAUUACCAACUAAUUCAAGCAGAUCCCAAACAUAGCCUAUAUCUCGCCUGUGCCCUCAUGGUUAGAGGAAAUGUACAGAUUUCAGAUCUUCGCAGAAAUAUUGAAAGAUUAAAACCUUCUCUACAUUUUGUCUCCUGGAAUCAAGAAGGCUGGAAGACCAGCCUGUGUUCUGUACCGCCUGUGGGCCAUUCUCAUUCAUUAUUAGCUUUAGCAAAUAACACAUGCGUGAAGCCUACCUUUGUGGAACUGAGAGAGAGAUUCAUGAGGCUCUACAAGAAAAAGGCUCACCUCCAUCACUAUCUACAGGUUGAAGGGAUGGAGGAGAGCUGUUUCACAGAAGCUGUGUCAUCUUUGUCAGCUCUUAUCCAGGAGUAUAACCAACUAGACGCCACAAAGAGCAUGCCUGUGGAGGACUUCCCUAGGCUAAGAGUAGCUGUGUGAAAAAGAAACCAAGAAAUAUGAUUGUCACUUUUUCCUAAUUUCACAUUUUUUUUUUUUAGCAUUUUUGUGAUUUAGAAAAUUCACUUUGUUUUUCAUAUCAGAGUAUUGUCUAAAAAAGAGUGGUUUCUGUUUAAUCACAAUUCAUUGAUACCAGUGUGUGAAAUUAGUAAAUCCUAUUACCUUCACUAUAAGCAGUUUAUAAAAUUGAGAGAACAGAGUUCUUUAACAGUUUGCCUUUGCUUUAUUUAUUGCCUAAUACUUAUAC